AUGGGUAUGAGUAGGGGUAGGGGUAGGGGUAGCAGGGCUAUUGGUAGGGGCAGGGCCUCAGACUCAGACUCAGCCUCAAUCUCAGCCUCAGACUCGGAGUCGAACCAAUGCUUGGUCCCAAGGUACUGUCAACACCGUAAGGUGGUAUGGGCCUCAAGUAGGACCGCAAGCAGUAGGUCAAUCUACUCAGUCGCAACCUUGGACCCAAACCAAUGUCAUUUCCCCUGGUACUGUCAACACUGUAAAGUGGCAUGGGCCGCAAGUAGAGCAUCCUCAGUCACAACCUCAGCAGCAUCAGUCAAAUGCUUUUAUUCAAGGUACUGUGAAUACUGUACGACUGUAUGCACCUCCACGACGAUCAGAGUCUUCACAGCCUGUAGGGCCUAUUCAGCCAACAGGGUCCUCUCAGGAAGUAUGUUCUUCUCAGCCAGUAGGGUCUUCAUCAAAGCCUGCAACAAGGGCCCGUAAUAUUGUUCCAACUGUUGAGAAGACAAUUGAAGUUUUUGAAGCUAACCAAAGAAAGAGGAAGAAGCCCGAGUGGAAAAAAUAUUAACUCAUUCCUGUAGUUUUUUGUUUGUUAUUGGUUAAACAAUCUUAUGUGUUGUUGCUUUUGGUUGGAUUGUUGCUUUUGUUGUUGCUUUUUGUUGCUGCUUUUGUUGGAUGACAUUGUAAUGUUGUUGCUUUUGUUGUUUAAUGACUUAAUUGA